UUACCCUUCAAUGUUUCUUCUCUCAGUCCAGAGCCAUGGCGAAGGCCUUGUUUCGGAUCCUCCGCAGAGCUUCACCAAAACCCUCCAUUUUCCAACCAAUUUCUUGUCACCCAGAAUCCAUUUUCUCCCUUCCCAAACACCCACCUCCUCCAACCCCUUCAUGGGUUUCCAGAAACCUGAGCCAUGGCUCAGUCAACCUCGUGAUAUCUCGGGGGAAACUCAAGUUCGAGACCCACGAGACCGACCCACCAAAGAAGGAUAAAUGGAAGACCAAGAAGAGAUUGAAGAUGCAGAGGAAGAAAGAGAAGCAGAAGAGAAAAGCGGCCAAUAAGAGAGACCCACGAAGGCUCAGUGUCAAGGGUAAGAAAAAGAAGCAGAGGUUCGCAAAUGCCGAAGAGAGAAUCAAGUUCAAGCUUGAAAAGGCAAGAAUCAAGGAAGCCUUACUCAUUGAAAGACUAAAACGAUAUGAAGUUCCCAAACUUCAGGGUCCUAUAGUUCAACCAGUUAAUCUGACGGGUGAGGAGCGGUUCUAUAUGAAGAAGAUGGCCCAGAAGAGGUCUAAUUAUGUACCAGUUGGCAGACGAGGAGUAUUCGGAGGUGUUAUUCUCAACAUGCACAUGCAUUGGAAGAAACAUGAGACAGUCAAGGUCAUUUGCAAGCCAUGUAAACCUGGCCAAGUGCAUGAGUAUGCAAAUGAAAUUGCCAGAUUGAGUGGUGGGACCCCAAUUCAGAUAAUUGGAGAUGACACCAUAAUAUUUUACCGAGGAAAAAACUAUGUGCAGCCAGAAGUUAUGUCGCCAAUAGAUACAUUGUCCAAGAAAAGGGCACUGGAAAAAUCUAAGUACGAGCAGUCACUGGAGUCAGUGAGGCGAUUCAUUGCUAUUGCUGAGAAGGAACUAGAGCUCUACUACCGGCAUAUUGCACUUUAUGGUGACCCAAGUGAUCGAAAUCCCACUUCAAUCUUUGACAGCCCCAGCAAAUACACGAACGAAUCAGGUAAAGAAAUGCCCAGAAGGCAAGACUUUGACGUGUCCACCAAUGGCUUUUCCUUCUCCCCAGGUCAUCUUCCAGAUACAGAAUCUGAUUCCACAGAUGAAGAACUAGGACCAUCACUAUCUGCUAGUGAAGAUGAUUUAGAAGACGAAAACUCAUCCGUAAUUGAAUUUGAUUCUGAUGAUGAGGAUGAGGAUGAAGAUGAAGAUGAUGAUGACUUUGAUUCUGAUGGUGAAGAAUGUGCAGAAAGCUUUUCAGUCAUACAAGAAAGCUCAGGUACAAUACUGGGUUGAUCAAUCAUGUGUGGAAGGAAGUAGAUGUUAUUCUGAUGGUUGAGACUUCUUGAAAGGAGGAUUUCUCAAUAGGAAAAUUCAACUUGCACUUGUCUUUAGUAAGAUUCAAAAGUUUUGUGAUGUAUAUUUAGGUCUUGUAUAUCAACAAAAGACGCUUUGUAGAAAAACAAAAAGUACUUAAACAUGGCAAUGGAAAUUAUUUUCCGGGAAAA